AUGCUGGGCGUGGGUUUGCAUGCCCGGGCAGCAGCCAGCUUAAGAGCAUUGCUGUCCACAGCAGCUGGGAAGGUUGGGCAACUUGCCUCAGCGGGGCUGCAGCUGAUGCUGACCCUGGCUGCAGAGGAGGUUGACCAGGCCUGCGCACCAAAGGCAGACAUGGUGGCAGUUGGGUACCAUGCUGAUGCCAGGACAGGCCUGUUGCAGUGGAUCGUGUUGCAGAGGGAAGAUUGUCACAAAGGUGACCGGAAGCCCCCUGAGGUGCACUCCCAAGAGCAGCAAGGAAUGAGGAAACAAGAUGGAGCUUCCUGCUACAAGCAGCAUCUGGGGUGCUGGAUGGAGCUCCUGAAAGACGGGGUCCAUCUGCCUUCGUCCAAGAAUGACCUCAUGGCUGCCCCGAGGUGGCCUGGGUCCUCUCAGCAGUCGGACACACUUCAGGAAGUUCCCCAUGUAGCCUGGUCUGACUACAUUGAGGAACCAGGCCCAUGGGUGAAGGCCUGCAGCCUGCCCAUCUGGUCUGUAAGCCAGGAGGACAGGGAUGAGGAUAGCUCGGUGUCAUCUGACCGCCUCUCUGGCUCCUCAGGGGGCCAUGAAUCGUGUGCCCGUUCCCAUGGGCCCUGGAAGGAGAGGCCACCUCAGGUGUCAGGGCUCCAGCGGCAGCCCAGAAGGAGCAACCCACGGCUGGAACAUCUGAGGGACAAGAUCCGGGCCCAGGCACAGUGGUGGGCAAGCUGUGCCUCCCUGGGCACCUCAGUCCCCUCCAGUGCCUCACGCCUCUACAAAGCCUCCUCUCCAGUGCUCCAGAGAAAGACCCGCGAGGUGACAAACGCCUGUCCAACCCCCGCACACCCAGGCAUUCUUCAUGCUGCUGAGCACAGGGUGGAAGACAAGGCAUUUCCUGGCCUGGGACGAGACCUCUCCAGGGUCACCCAGCGCCAAGCUUCCGUUUCACAGGAAAACACCAGAAGGACCAGAAGCAGUUCUUGCAAACGAGAGAAGGUCCCCAGGUCACCACCCCCCAGCAGAGCUGCCAAAAGCAAAGGUGAGGUUUGGAAUUCUGAGUUGGUUGGUGUUUACGCCUGGAGGAAAGGACAAGCCCUAGCGAGGUCGCUGCUUGGGCCCCCUCCCGUCUACCCCAGGCUCCACAGCAAGGCACCCUCCAGAGACCGGACCCCUGCCAUGAAAUUAGGACGUCAUAAGAAAGCUACAGUCACCAAGGGCUCACCUGUCCACACCUGGUCGUCCAGGGUCACCUCUGCCCACAGUGACCAGCAGGUGUCCAAGAACACACCCAGCCUGGUUUCCCACAAUCAGCCAGAUACCAUCCAAACUGCUAUGGCCAUCCUACAAGACCUCCGCCAGCAGGUCCAGGCUGGGCUGGAGUUGGCCCAGCGACCCAGGAACUGGCAGAAGCUUGGGUCAUGGAAACCAACGCCACAGAACCUGGAAGGGAAGAGGCAGCAGGGCCCACAGAGCACCUGGGACAUGCAGGGCUCCUCCUCAAAGAAUCCUUGGGCUCUGACAGACAAGGCUACAGGCUCCUUUGCCCAGCAGCCUUGGGACACCAUGGCUGAGUGGGAACCCUGUCCACAGAGGGACUGGGAAGCCCAGGCACAGGACUUCUCCUUCCAGAGGCCUGGGAGCCCCCCUGAGAGGUUGGGCCCAUUUCCCCAACGACCCUGCAGUGCUCUGGAUGGUCAGGCCUAUCCACAAAAGGCCUGGGCUGCUCUAGGACUGGACCCCUCCUUCCAGAGGCCUCAGCCCUGGAGAAGCUUCUUCGUGCAGAGGGCUGACUCACCCUGCAAGGACAGAGGCACUGUCCCCUCUGCUUUGAGAGCCAAGCAGCCCUGGUUGAGGCCCACCCAGGACUUCCCCCAGAACCCACUGAGAAAAAAGCAGGAAGAACGGCAGCCUCCACCCUGCCCCAGGCUCCAGAGGCCCCUAGGCCAGCCACAUAGCUCUGAGUCUUUGCGUGAGUUCAUACGCAGGAAGGCCCAGGCCCGGAGGCAGCAGGCCCUGGAGCAGAAGGCCUUGGCCACACAUACACUGGAGCUGAGAAACCAGAGGCUGCAGGAGGUCUACCGGAAGCAGAGGGAAGCAGUGCUCGGCAAGGUGAUCCCUGUGGUCUCCCAGACCAAGCCCGGCAUCGUCACCUUUGUCCCCAGUUCUGCACAGGCCAGGGGCCUGGAAAACCCCCAGAGCUGUGGGUCACCUGUGCUGGAGUGGAGCAAGGUGACAUCUGGAAUGGUGCUAGGUGACCAGGAGGCCCCAGACAGCUUCUGUCUGUGUUUGAACCAAGCCUGGAACCAUGCUGAGGGCCUGGACACCCGAGGCCCCCGGAACAGUGUGAGUGGUUCCCCUCUGUUGCUGUCUGCUGCUUUCUCCCUGGGUCCCCUGAAGCUCCAGGACCUGCCCCGGGGGCUGUGCAUCUACCUGAACCCCCAGGUGUCCAGGUGUCAUGAGGCUGAGUGUCUGGGCCCAUUGGGCCACCUGCACUUCCAGUACAAGCAGGCUCGGCUGCAGGCCCUGGAGACCAUGGCUGGUGUCCUCAAGGAACGCAUCGACAUCCUAACAGCCAAGCUGCACAGGUCGGAGUCACUGGACACUGCUGGAGUCCUGACCUCAGACUUGCCAACCUUGGGCCUCAGCACCAAGGGGCCUGCUGUCUCCACGCUUGCUGCUGCCUCCACACUCACUGUUCCCACCUGCCCUGGGGCCUUGGUGUCCAACAGGGACAGAGGGGUACCCCAGGACUGGGUGGACAUGCAGGCCAGGCCGCUUUUCCCCGCCACCUACCUCCUGGAUGGUGAGAUGCUGUUGUGGAGCCCAGGGUGGGAUCUGCAGAGCCUGAGCCCGAGGGCCCACCUCGAAAAUCAGUCCCAAGGUGUCAUGGAGGAGGGAGACUGGGAGCUGGAGAAGAGGCUACAUAGAUGCUCGUCUUCCUACCAGGCCCUCUGCUCCUGUGCAAGGGACCUGGCACUCAGUGGCAGCUCCUGCGGGACGCCAGCCACAGCAAACCCCACCUGUACCUCCCUUCGGCUGGAAGAGGAGCCGUCGUCCAGAGUGGCAGACUUGAUAACGCCCUGGACCACCCAGAGCUGCGGUAAGGGCGAGACUGCAGACAGGCUCUGGGCUGGCUGGUCGGGUGGCCAGGGGCGUCCGCUGGGGACCCUCUCCACUGCCUAG